AUGGAUGAUUAUUCGUAUGAUUAUAAUAAUAAGCAUAAGGAGAAUAAUGAAUUUAUAACAAAUGAUGGUACAUAUGAUUAUUCUAAUAGGAAGAAUUAUGAAAAUAUAAAUAAUUUAAAUGAUGAAGAAGAAAAAAAAAAUUCAAAAGAAAAUAUUUAUUUGUUAAAAGGUGAUAAAUAUGAAAAUGUAAAAGAAAGCAAUUAUAAGUCUGUUGAAAGUUCUGAAAAAAAAAAAAAAUCUGAAAAUUUUUUGUAUGUGUUAUGUAAAAAAUAUGUAAUGUUCUCUUUAUAUAGACGAAGUCACAUUUUUUUAAGUAUAAUAAUUGGUUAUUUAUGUUUUAUUUUAAUUGGUUUUUCUUUUUAUUAUAGCAUGUUUGAAAAAAAUGAUUUUAAAUUAUUUAAUAACUUUGCUAAACAAAUAAAAAUUUUAGACUAUUUUAAAUUAAAUAUAAAGCAAACAGGAGAUAUAUUAAAUCAAUCAAGUAAUGAAAUUGGUAAAAACACCAAAAACUUUUUUAAAUAUUACAAGAAAGAAAAGGCAGCUACAUUAUUAUUUUACAUUGAUGAUAAAGAAUUUGACAAUAAGAUAUUAGAUUAUGAUAUUUUAAAAGAUAUUUUUUUUUUAUUAGAAUAUUUUAAGCAGAUAAAAUUAAAAAAUAAUAAAAAAUGGAAAGAUAUAUGCAAGAAUUUUGAUAUUCCAUUUAGUAAUACAAAAUGUUUUGUAUUAGGUCUUUUUAGCAUUUCGGAACUCCAAGAUGAUAACUAUGAAUCUUUAAACAAUUUCAAUGAUUAUUUUAAUAAUUUAAUAGAGAAAAAUGAAGGUUCUAUAAAAAUUUUUUUUUCAAAUGCAGUUAAUUUUUUACCUCAUUUCUUAUACUAUCCUCAUACAUUUAGUAAAGAAAAAAAAAGUUUAAAUGAUGUUGUAUCAGAUAUACAUGAAAACUUGCAAUCUCUUAUAUUUGUUUUUAAUUUUGAUGAUCAUGCUGAUGAAUCACUGUUAAAUGAAUGGUAUAAAGCAUUAAAUUUUUAUGUUAAGUUAAUAAAUGAAAAAAAUUUUAAAAAUAUUACCAUAAUUAAUCCUGAUUGCACUAAAUUUACCCAUUCAUUAAACUACAAUAAAGGAUUAAAGAUUGCUGUUAUUAACGAUCAGAUUUUGGAAGAAAACGAAAAUACCUCUUUAAUUAUUGGGAUAAAAUCAAAUUAUUUAUUUAUACUUUUUUCAAUGUUAUUUAUUAUACUUUAUGUUAGAAAAGUGUCAAAUAAACUGAAAUAUAAAGAAAAAUUCUUUCUGAUUAUAUCUGUAUUUCAUUUAUCUUUAUUUUCCUUUUUUUCAAGUUUUCUUUUUAAUUUAAUAUUUCGGAUAAGUAUUCUAAGAAUUUUUUUACUAAAUUAUUUUGUCUUAUAUUUCUUAAGUUUUUUGUUUUGUUGUGUUAAUUUUUUUUUUUAUAACAAAUGUUUAGUAGCAUGUUCGAAAAAAAUUCUAUUUAAAUUAAAAAAUCAGGAAUAUGAUAACAAUGAAAAGAUAGAUAUGAGUAAGUAUUAUAUAAGUGCAACAUCGAAAUCAUUAUAUUUUGUUGGAAAAAUUGUAAUAUUCCUUAUAAUUAUAUAUGCCAUAGGAUUAACAUGUACUUAUACAGUUAUUCAGAAGUUUUCUUUAAAUUCAUUAUUUAGUUUAAUUGCUUUAUUUUUCUUCUAUACAUUUUUUUUUAAUAAUGUAUUUGCCUUUUUGUGUUAUAAAAAUAACAAAACAUUUUCUCAAAUAAAUUUUGAAUUAAACGAGUAUAUAGUUGAAUUAUCAAAAAAGAUAAACAUUAAUGAAGAUAAUGAUAUAUUAAAAAAUGACUUAGACAAAAAUGAUAUUCAAAAUAUACAUUCUUAUAAUAUAUUCAAUAUGAUAAGAAAUUUUAGUAAUUUAUAUAAAAAUGAUAGAAAAAUAGGUGAUUACUCUGAUAAAAAUAAGGAAAAAAAUGAUCAAGAUGAAAUUUGUCUAGAAGACAAAAUGGAACUUCAACAAAAUAUUAAUUAUAUAAAUAAUAAAUAUGGGGAGAGUAAGAAGAAAUCAUUAUAUAAUCCAUAUAAGAAAGUAUUUUUACUACCUGUUAUGUUUUUAUUUUUAUUUUUUCUAGCAUUUCUCCUAUAUAUAUUUAUAAACAAUAAAACGAAAAUAAUUAUUUAUAGUUAUAUAAGCAAAGGUUCAAUGGCAAAAAUAUUUUUGGAAAAUUUUGAAAAAAAGGCAGGAUAUAUUAUAGAACCAGGUUAUUUAGUUUUACCUUCGUCUUCUGAUUUUAAUUACGAAAAAGAAGAAAAUAUAGAAAAAAUUAUUAAAUUAAUCGAAAAUUUGAAAGAUGAAGAAUUUAUUAAUGAUCCAAUUAUUUCGUGGGUUAGUGCAUUUAAGAUUAUUAAAAACGACUGCUUAAAUAUAUAUCCUUUUAAUGAUCAUUAUUUGUUAGAAGAUCAUAGGAAUGAUUGCAAUAAUUUUGUAUCACAGAAUUACAAUGAAAAAUUAUAUUUAAAUCAAUUAAAAGAUAUUUUUUGUAAUGAUGAAUUAGCUUGUAAUAAUUUCUAUCAAAUAAUUUAUCAAUGGAUAAAUUAUAAAGUAGAUAAUUAUUAUGAAAGUUAUCUUUUUCAAAUUAGAACACGUUAUCAGAAUAAAAUCAACGAAUUAUUGCCACAAUUUCACACUAUAACCCCUCAUUUAUUUCAUGAUAAUUAUAUUAAAAUGGACAAAGAGUAUAAUAUAAAUAGCAGUAGAAUAGGAUUUAUUUUUCAUAAUUAUGCAAGCAAUUAUGAAAAAAAUUUUAAAAAUAUAUCAAAAAUAAAAAAUAUUCUUAAAAAUAGUAAUAUUAAAAAUGUAUAUUUUUACUCAGAAUCAUACGUACUGUACAAUCAAGCAAUGAAUUUUUUCAAAGAAUAUCAAAGUGAAUUAAUUUCCUAUUUUUGUAUAUUUUUUAUUUUAUUAUAUUUAUUUAAUUUAAUAGGAGUUUUAAUUAUUUUUCAAUUUUGGAUCUGCAAUAACUUAAGUUUAAUAUAUUUCAUUUAUUUUUUUCCUAUAAACACUGACACACUGACAUUCAUUUUUCUAAAAAUUACUACUGUAAUAUCAAUAUCUCACUAUUUAUAUUCGACUUUAUUUUUCAAUGACGUGAAAAAUAAACGAAAUAAUAUAAUUAUUAGCAUAAAAGAAUCAUCCCCAUAUUUGUUAUUUUUGGCCUUAUAUUUGAUUAGUUUUAGCAUUGAGGAUUAUGUUUCAAAUGUUUUGCGCUUGUUAAUUUUGAGUCAUAUUCUUUGGUUCCUUUUAUAUUAUUUUACAAUUUAUUGUUUACAUAAAAUUUACAUAAAAAGUGAUUUAUAA